ACCAUAGAACAAUACUACUACAGUCUAGUGUCUACAGGUGUUGUUUAUUGUUAUCAUAGUAAAUACAGAUUAAAUCCUGAAAUGAUUUCUUUUUUAUUUAAGCUAAUGACUAGGUUAACUGCAUACAAUGACAAACGAAAUUACAUUCACAACAAUCACAGCUCGAGAAAAAUAUAGUUGACAUUAAUAUGUUUGUAUACCAAAGAAAUCAUUAUUUUGGAAAAGCCUGUAAAAGUAGGUACACAAAUAUAUUUUAAUUAUUAUAUUUUGGUCAAAGAAGAUUUUGAACGCAAAGUACAUGUGAAUUAGCAAUAAUGAUAAAAUUUGUCCUUGGCCUUAUGUAUCAUAUAAUAUGAUUAUUCUUUAUCUAUUAUAGCUGGCACUUUGACAUAAAUAAUAUUUCUCUAAUGGAAUUAUGAUAGCAGCUAAUUUUAAAAGCCAACUUUUUAGACAGCAUCGUAAUCGUGGAAAUUUGUUUGGUGGAUUUUCAAAAGUAACCGUGAUGAAUAACUGUAGACUUGCUCAAGAUACAUUUGUAUUACGACAGUUGUUUGAUCAAGAAUCUUGGACAUACACUUAUCUGUUGGCUGAUUAUGUAGCAAAGGAAGCUAUAAUUAUUGAUCCAGUUAUCGAACAGGUGAACCGCGAUCAUUCAAUACUGAAGCGACUUGGUUUGAAUCUUUUGUACUGUGCCAAUACUCAUGUUCAUGCUGAUCAUGUGACUGGAACUGGUGAACUUAAAAAGUUAAUACCAUCAUGUGAAAGUAUUAUUUCUCUAUGUAGUGGUGCUCAAGCAGAUAUAUAUGUGAAAUCAGGAGAUGAAAUACAAUUUGGAAGAUACUCCGUUGAAGUUCGACAAACUCCAGGGCAUACUAAUGGUUGUAUUACAUUUGUUUGUCAUGAUGAAGCAAUAGCCUUCACUGGAGAUUGCUUAUUGAUCGGUGGUUGUGGACGCACUGACUUUCAAGAAGGAGAUCCUGAAACGUUAUAUUCUUCUAUUCAUGAACAAAUAUUUUCGUUACCCGAUUAUUAUAAAGUAUAUCCGGCACAUGAUUAUACCGGACAAACUGUUUCAACAAUUGGAGAAGAAAAGACUUAUAAUCCACGCCUCUCAAAGUCUUUGGAUGAAUUUAUUGAAUUGAUGAACAAUUUAAAUUUAGCGUAUCCUAAGAAAAUUGAUGUUGCUUUACCAAUCAAUUUGAAAUGUGGUAUUCAAGACGAAUUAAAGAACAAUGAUUGACAAUUUUAUUUUACCAUGAUAAUAUAAAAUAUUGAAUUUGUUUAAAAUGUUAUUAUAUUUUAAAAUUAAAUAAUUACUAUUGACA